UUCAAACUUGUAUAAUUAACUUAAAUAUCAAGUUUCUUUUUAUUAUAAUUUGUUUACAAUUAACAUACCAACAAUUUGUCAGCAAAUAUAUGAUUAUAAAAAAAAAUUUACUUAAAUUAAAUUUUUUAAAUACUUACCUACUAAAUAGAAAAAUACAGUUCAAUAUGUCCACUCAAGAAAUUAUAUGGCCAGAAAAUAGUAUUGAUUCUGAAUGCGAUUUUGAAGAUAUUGAUAUAAAUUUUAAUUUGACUACUAUGGACAAUGUAAUUCCUGUUAUUGAUGAAGAAAAUAUACAAAACCGAUCACCAAUACAACUGGAUAUUUCUGAUGGGGAUACUCAAUCUUCAUUUAUGGUGAUACCUAAUGAAGAAAAAAAUCAACUAAAAUCAAUAUUUGAAAAUUGGAAUUUAGGCUUUCUGACUGAAACAUGUUUAGAUCAAACAAUUACCAUUGAGGUGUUAAAGUAUAUGAAACCAAUGCACAUUGAAAGAUUGUUGAAAAAUUAUACUUUGGGCGUGCAAUUAAAAUUUGAAAAAGAAUUGAUUACAUGGCAACAACAACAAAUACAAACAGAUCCAAUUACAAUAUUACCUGAAAAAGAUCAACAAUCCAAAACUUUACCAGUUGAAUCAAUAAUUAAAGUAUUCAAUAUAGUAAAAGAUUCUCCCAAUGGGAAAUUGGUGCUUGAUUAUUUUAACAUUAAUAAAAAAUUAAAUGACUCAAUUAGAUGCAAAUUAGUAGAUAUGAUAAUACAUUACAUAAUUUCUUCUAAAAUGCAGAUGACUAUUAAAUUAGCUGAUAGCAUAGCUGAUCAAAUCGUCUGUAUGUUUUCAUCAGAAGUAAAGGAUACAUAUUUUAUGCGUCAUGGUCCAACAAAUGCACCACGAGGUAAAUUAUAUGCAAAAUAUUAUAAUUGUAUGCGAUCGUUAAAAACAAGUGGUUUACUUGACAAAAGUGUUAAAAAAUCAAAACUAAAUACAAUGAUCACAUCAAGAAAUAUUACUUUCACACCAGAAACUGACAUUAAUGAUAUGUUGGAUUUAAUCAAAUAUGGUAACAGUUCUUUUCCCGAAUUACAAGAGCAAUGGAAGGCUACUGUACAGUAUAGACUACAGAGAAUAAGUUUAUCGAAUUCAACUACUGAUAUAAUAAAUGAAUGGAAGAAUUAUACAAUUCCGUUAGGGUACAAACUUAUGGAUAUUGAUUUUAAUGAGCUGUUUACAACAAAGAGCAAUAUUAUAGUUGAAUUCGAAAAAUAUUCGGAAGAUUUAUUUAAAAUAAUAGAUUUAAAUAUUAAGGAUCAUGAUGGAAAAUUACUCAUUGAAUCAAUUAAACAAGAAUCGAAUAACAUAUCACAAAAUGGUCAAAACACAGUACUAUUUCAUCUACUUAGUUCCUUAUUUGUCCCUACUACAAGAAAAGUGACUAGAGAUGAAAAUGGGAAAAAAAACCAUCACAAAAUACUCAAUAAAAGAUUCGCAAAAUAGUUUUAUCACAUUUCAUAAUACCAUAACCGCAUCAGAAGUAUACAUAAAUAAUUUAAAAGAUAAAAAUUUACCUAUUCAACCAUUUAUUGUUGUUAUUGGUGUACCAUUAAAGCCAGAACAGAUAUAUUUAUUUUUUGACUCUAUUAAGUAUAAGUUUUUCUGUAUAGUUAGAGCAAUAGAUGUAUGUUUUAAAAUUAUUCAUUUAUUUAAUCUUCAAUACCCUUUACAAUCUUCUGCUUUGUGGAUGUUUAUUCAAAAAUUUUUUUAUAAUAUAACUACAAAAUAUGAUACAUCACACCCAAUUAUUACCCGAAUAAUACAUGAAUUAAAAAAGUAAUGGCGUUGGUCAUUAUUUAUUAGUUAUUUGUGUUGUUACAAUUUAUUUAUAUUUGUUUA